ACAAGUGUGUCUUCGUCCCGCUUUCACGGUCCUUCCUCCCCAACGAUGACGGCAAUAACAUUGAUCUCUGCGACACCUCAAUUCAUCUCUGCAGAUGAGCACAAAACUCUCAGUGGAUCGACCCCAUCUUCUUUCAACGAUAUCCCGCCGGUCCUUCGGCACAAAGAAGAAAACGUUUCCAUAUCCCUCGAUCCACCUUUAGCGGGAUUUUCUGACCAAGAUGCAGCACAAGGAACACUUUAUGUCAUUGAGAGUGUUUUGGUGUUCAUCUCUGCAACCGCACGCGGUUUUCAAAUCGACUAUCCAUCGAUCACCUUACACGCUGUCUCGAGAUCUGAAAGUGGUUCAUCGAUAUAUUGUCAGUUAGACGAAUCAUCUGGAGAGCUUGAGGUUGAAGCUGAUAAUGAGGAGGAUAUGGUAAUGCGGGAACUCAACAUCGUUCCUCAAGACGCGUCUUCGCUCGAACCUAUAUUUGAAGCACUAUCCAUUUGCGCAGCCUUACACCCCGACCCACCAGCAUCCGAUGACGAGGGUGACGAAGCAUUCAUCGAUGCACCCGAUGACAGUCAAUUCGAAGUUUUCACUGGCAAUGAAGAUCAGGAGUUGAGCGAAGUUGGGAGGGUGCGCAGUGAUUUUAUCAGCGAUAAUCGAUAUAAUCCAUACUAGGCCCUCAACCCGUUUUUGAUUUUUCUUUCUUCGCAGGCGGCGCUCGCGCACCUUGAAUCCAUCAUCUAUGAUCCUAGGGAUCAACAACAAAAAGAAGUUGAUUCAGAAGGAACUAGACCGAAUGAUGUAGUUUUUGUAAAUGGCGUAAAUGGCGCCAACGGCACUAGCAGUGUGGAUCAGAGUCCUGGAGGGACAGCGUGAAGUGAAACAAAAAAAAAGUCGAUACUCAAAAGUACAUACAAAUUUAAUCUACCUGCAAAUAUGAAUCAAACGUAUUUGUAUUGGAACACCU